ACUGUAGAAUUGUAUAGUUAUAUUUGUGUUUCUAUUGGUGUGAACAAAUUAUUUCGAACAGGAGAAGACGCGUAGCUAAGAACACAAGUGCCGGCACAAUUGUGAAGUGAAUUGUUCGUGUGUGUCACGACGCCAAAGAGCGGGUGUUGAUGUGGGGUGUAUGUGAGUUGAACGCGAGUGUUUUGCAAGAAAUGCAUGCGUGACAAAAGCUUCUUAGAGCUGCCGCAAAUGACAGCGGAGGCAAUUAGAGUUAUUGCAAAAUGGUAAUGCGUGGACAAAAAGUGUGAAUUGGGGUAAAUAAAUUUGAAUUUGUUGAAGGCGGUGGCGAAAGGAGAUGUGUGUGGAAAGCAAACGUGAAUUUUAUGCAAAUGAAACCCAAGGGCACGUUAAAUUGAUAUAUUAACGGUUUUACAGAAGCUUAGUUUUGUGAAUGCUUAAAUAUAAAACAAAAACAAUAGAAGUGCAAGUGAAAUUAGGAAAUUGAACUAAAGAAAUCGGAAGAUAAAAUAAAAAAAUUGUAAAUUUAAAAAAGCAAUUCUAUACUCAAUUUACUUACAAUGCCAGAAAAAACUUGGAAAGCACACUAAAAAAAAAAUGCUCAAAGCCAUUGAUAACUGACAUCAAACAAUUAAUUAUGUUUGCGCGUUGAUAUCAUAAACAAAUAGAAAAUAAAAAAAUAAAGCGGAAGGUGUUAAAUCGAAGAAUCAUAAAUACCAAAAAAAAGAAAAUAAUGAAAAAUUUGUGAAAAAAUUACGUUUACUUUCGCUUUUCGUUGCAGCGCUGUUAACGAAAAAAAAGCUGAUUGAAGUGGUGACAAAUUAAAAAAAAUAAAAAUUUGUUUCUGAUAAAGAAAUAUAUCAUCUGCCGCUUACUGACUCAGCGAGUUGAUACCCGUUAAUAGACAAAUACAAUAGUUUCAAGAAAGAAAAAGUAAUAGUAAACAAAUACUAAACGUAAUGCACCAAAAUAUGGGUCAGUUUGAUUAGUUGACAAAGUAAACAAAAAAAUUGAAAAGGUGUGCGGUGCGAUACACAAAUUGAAAAAAUAAAUUGAAUGAACGACUUUGGUGAUACUUUGGAAUACAAAUCAACAAAAGGUGAGCCAAUCGAUUGAAAGUGAUGAAAUAAUUUCAGGCAAGAAUAAAAAAAAGUGAAACUGGAAUUCAAAACGCAAAACUAAAGUGUCAAAUAAGAGUUAAGGAACGCUAAAAAAUUAAGCGGGAAAAAUUAAAUUAUAAAAUAUGUAAGUGAAAGGAUAUGCACCUGAAGUUUAUAUAAAAAAAAACAAAUUAAAAAAAAAAUUAAAUGCAAAUACUGGGCUGUGCUCUCCAAAUGAAACUAAAAUAUUAACAAAAUUAAAUAAAAGGGAGUUUGUGAAAAUUUUGAAAUUAGCCAGGAUAUUUAGCUAAAAUACUGCAGCGAUCUUCCACUUGCUGAAAUGCAAAUAAAGGACGCUUCAAAACUUCAGUAGACGCGCAAAUGAGCACCGAGGCAAAGCGUGCGUUGUACAUACGUAAAUAAUGCCAUAAAUUAGGGCAAACGAAACCCCAUUUGGCAACAUUGAAUGCUUACGGAGUGAUCGCUGAUGAUUCCGAAAAGGAUUGAGAAAUAAGCAGAAAGAUGUUGCAGCGCACAAAAUCGGCGAGGAAUCGCAAGAGCAGUGGGAGAUGCAGUGAUGGAGACUCUUCGGCGAAUGAGGCGCCGGUUUUCGCUUCAGUGCAUCGGCCGCGCCACAAUGGCGGCAACAGCUCGGCUGCACGGCGAGAAGGCCUCUCAAAAGGGCAUGCAGUUGCAACAGCAACAGCCGGCGGUGGGCCACAGCAACGUCAAAGCUAUCAUCAGUAUCAGCAACGGCGUAAAUUACAACAUCAGCUGCAACAACAACAGCAGCAACAGUCAGUGGGCAACGAGAAUUCGAGUGCCGCACAAAAACUAGCCAAAACGAGUCGCAAUUGGAAUGAGCAGCACCAGCAACAGCAACAGCAACAAAUGCAGCGGCAACAGUCACACUAUCAGCAACAACAACAGACCAAUUCCGGCAACACUGCAGCGAAGCAAUCAAUUGCGGUGGCUAUGCCGCAAUCAUUGGUGGCGGCUGCUAGUUCUACUGGCCAUGGCAGACCACCGAUGCAACAAAUCAAUGGAGGCAGUGGGCCACAACGCGAUUUGUCGCCAACUAAGACGAGUCGUAUACCAGUGCAGCAGCAGCAGCAACUACAACAACAAACGAAUUUUAAUCAAAUAUCCAAAACCGCCACAAAUCUAUUGAACGACAUUUACGAGCGUCACUUGCUAAACCAGACCACGUUCCAGUUGGAGAGCGGUCAUGAAAAGCAGUAUCAGCAGCAGCAGCAACUACAACAGCAACUACAACAGCAACAGAAACUGCAGACGCAGCCUCAAUUGCAGCCAAGGCAUCAGCUGCAGCAGCAGCGUUUCUUGGCUGCCCGUCAGGUGGGGCAAGAAGUGGAGCUCAACUUCGGCAGCUCAACAGCUCAGCAACAACAACAACUGCGAAAUCAACAGCAUACACAGCAACAAGCACAGCGUCACUUUUUGCCUACCACAAAUCAACAGCAGCCGCAAGAUAUAGGCAGCUCUGCGUUGGCAACAUUUGUGCCUAUCCAUAGCGCCACUAAGCAACAUGUUGCUCAUAAGCCAGUACAUUUUCUAAAGUUGCCACCACCACCGCCCGCGCCACCAACCAACGCUGCUGUUGCUGCAUCGGAGCCGACACCGUCCACCACAGAGUUUGGAAGCUACACCUCCUAUCAGCAACAUUUCCAAUUCUCUGAUUCAUACGUCGAGCCGGUGGACAGUCGGCAACAUUUUCUGCUGCAGUCUGAUGUCGCCGCAGCUGUUAAUCCACCACCACCGCCCGCGCCACUCAAUCACGUCUAUGAGACAAUUAAAGAGCGACCACCGAUGCCACCUCCUAAAGGUGUUGGACGCACUGGGAAAUGUGUAGAAGGCAGCACAGGCGGGGCAGGUGGGGGAGAAGAAGUAGCGCCCCCAUUGCCGCCAUCGAGGCAGUUGAGAAAGCGUUUGCUCGCAGAUAAUGUCGGCAGUGCAGGUGGUGUGAGAAAUCCGAAGCCGGGUGCCAAUAAGCGUACAGCAACAACAACGGCAACAACUAGUAGUGGUCACACCAAAUUGGAUGCUGGUCAGGUGGAUGGAAAGCUCAAUAGUAAAAUGCUGCCUAUGCAGCCGCCAGCAUAUGUGGCACCACCAGCUGCAGGUCCAAAGCAGGCCAUGCAGCAGCAGCAGCAGCAACAACAACACCAGCAACUACACAAGCAACAACAACAACAACAUCAGCAAUAUAAUCCGCAACAACGCACCAAAGCGGAUGGUGAACAGCGUCCCUACUUCUAUCAGCAGUUGCGCGAGCGCCAACAACAACAACAACAGUCGCAUCCAAUGAAGGCAGCUGCGCAGCGCCAAAGUAUGGAGCUACAACAACAGCAACGUACAAAUCACACACAAGUGCGCGAACAUCCUUUGGGUGCCCAUAGCGACCACCAUAAGACACAACAACAACAACAACAAAAUCACCAACAAGUACACUUUUCCAAUAACGGCAACUGCCAGCAGAAGGACGCUGUCGCCACAAAGGCUGCUGAAAUUAUGAUAACCCAACCUGCAGUGGCAUUAACCACCACCAAAGCAACUGUGCAUGCCACAUCCUCAACACAGGUAGCCACCACCUCCAACCCCACGAGCAGCAUCUCCGCCAUUGAUGUUUCUGAUAGCUCUGUGGAAUUGUUGCUGCAACAAGCCGGUUUACUGCAAUCGCAUGCUACCUCAUUAAUGGCACACGGCGGCACCAACAAAAGUGCGCAUGCAACUAAUAAUAAUAACGGAAACCACAAUGGCACCAAUAACAACAACAAUAUGCCCAAUAUCUAUCACCAGCGUCCCACUGCCCUGCCCAUCGUUUUCGAGGAGGAUACCGGCGAAUUUCAGGAUGUACUUGUCCUCGAAGAGGACGGCACUGCCAAACUGCCAUAUCGGCAUGGCAAGAUCGAGGUGCGACUGGAGACGGCGCAGGCGAUGGCCGCAGCUGCUUACUAUGCCAGUUGA